CACGCACAUGAGCGCGAUACGCACGCACACGGUCGUCGUAUAAGGGGAAAGAAGAAAAAAUAAAAGAGAGGAAAAAAUCGAGAAGGAAAAAAACUCCGACGCACACUGCCGCGGCCCAGGCUACUGAUCAUCAGGAAUUCCGUCCGUCCGUCCGUCAGUGUCCGUCCAGUCCGGUCUGGUCCGCCGCCGCCGAAUCCGUCGGUUUUAUUUAAUUGUUUUGAUAUUUAAUUUGAUAAAUUGUAUGUUAUUAUAUUUUACAUCCAACUCCGCCGGUCUUGUGCCGUUUUUCGUCCUGUGACAUCGUUGGUCGUGCGCAACAUGUCCCGCGACGGUAUCGUCGUCGCGCACGAGUGUCAUCGGAUUUCCGGCACGUUUCUACGCGACUCGGCGGCAAUAAACGUGACGACGAUUCCGCGUGUACAACAUCAAAGGCCCGUCUGACAGUGGAGAUCUAUUUCGAAAUGCCUGUAACAGAGGUAGUAAGGAGCGUGACACCAAUAGCUCCAUACCCACGGUUAUGAUGAAUAAUAAUAUACUAAUUGACUCCGCCAGACCAAAAGUAUUACCGGGAGAAGAGUCUGAGCGAUCGUCUGAGGACAACGCAUGUUUAGGUCAAAAAUUCAAAAACAGUUUUGAAAACAAAUGUGUAAGAUGUCGCAAAACACAAACCGAAUUAUUAAUGGCUGGUUCCAAAUGCCGUGCAUGCAGCAUUCAGGAACAUGCUGGAUGUGGUGCACGCCACGACUACGAACAAGCCGACGGUGAUAGUGGUGAUCGGGGAUCGUUAUCCCCAAAUGAUGGCCAAAACUCUGGGCCCAUGUUAUGGGCCCGUAACUUAGAUUGCUUGUUAGCUGAUCCUAACGGUGUAAAUCUUUUCCGGCAAAACUUGAAGCUGGAAGAAGAAUCUGGACAAGGACAGCAAUGCAGCAAGGUUCUUGAGUUUUGGUUAGCGUGCCAAGGGCUAUAUGGUCACACUGACCAAAAAGCUGAUAAACUACGUUCUAUUAUUUACAAAAAACUGUUCCUAAAAGCAGACUUAGGUGUAGAUGAAGAAUGUCGAAGGCACGUCAUGCAGAGGGUUAAAGUAUCCAUUGCCAACAAAACAGCUCUUCCUAAAAAUCUGUUUGACGAAGCCCUUGUACAAGUGGAAAAAUUUCUAAAUGAUACAUUGUAUCCGGCAUUCCUACAAUCUGAUACCUAUAUCUCUUAUAUUCGGUCACUGAAUUGUGGCAUUGAUUUUUAUGAUGGUAAAGUAGUGAACCAUAUACCAGACACUGAAGAAAAAGUGGUGCCCUCAAGAUAUCAAGCACCUCCAGAUCGUAGUCAAACUUUGUUAACUCUUAAAGAAGAUGCUGAAUUGUCCAGUCAUGAACUUAAGCAAUCUAAAGACUUUCCCAUGAAAUUAACCCAGUCCCUUUUGCACAUGUCCCAAAAACAACGGUCUCAUCUGGAAAAAGGAGAGUUUUUACAGAGGCAAUUGGCUGAGAUUCGUGAUCCAAAAAUAAUAGCCAAAAAAAGUGCUCAAUUAGAAAUGAAAGAAGUGCAAAAAUAUGCUCGAAGGAAUGUUGAGGGUUCAAUGACUGCUACAAUCAUUCCCCGUACAAUGAGAGAACCCCAGUGCAAUAAACCAGCAAUGGAACCAAAGAUGUUUGCUUCUAUACUCACUGAAAAGUUAGAAAAAAUAAAAGUGGAACGUGAUAUUGAAGAAAAGUGGGAUAAUAAAAUGAUUAAAAAUCUCUCAGAGCUUAAAUUCGACAGUGAAUCUGGCAAAAUUGAUGAUCCUAAAAUGUUAGAUGAAAUGUUUAGAGCAUCUUUAAAGUUACCUGAUGGCAGUGACGAUGAAAUAUUAGAUCAACAUGUACAAAAAUACUUUAAAUCGCCUCCUAAAUCACCUGAACAAUCGUUACACAGGCGACAAGGGUCAGGCAAAGUCAAUCGGCCUGUUCAACAAUUUGCCAGUACUUAUUUGGCAGCAGCUAAUCCUAAUUUGUCCAAACGCAGAGACAAAGAUAAUCGGGCAUCUGGAUACGAUAGUGGCAAUUACACUGACUUUACAGCAGACAGUUCUGAACCCAGCCGCCAUGUGCCAAAGAGUCGAUCUAUCCCAGAUUAUCAAAAUUUUGUUCCAAAUCCAGAGCUCAGAGUGUCAAGUUUAGGACGUCACACCUGGGGUAGCCGACGUACAAUGACUGACAGUGGAAUCAGUGUUGUAUCAGGACAAUCACAAUUGCCUACCAAUGCUAACAAGACAAGAGAGGACAGGUCGACCAAUCGUUGUAUGGUAUGGCUUCAAGAAAGUCCAAUGUGUGCUGGUGAUGCACUCGCUGACUCAGGUCCAGCUUUUAGUUGGUGUACCGCGUCCGCUAAUACCACGACUGCAAAAGCCUCUUCCCACGAUUGCGGUAACGUAGAUUGUGGUAGUAGUGGCUCCUGGACAAAUCACAUGCCCAAGCAGCCAUUUGUUGCCGACCCUAAUAUGCCACCACCUCCUUUCCCAAAUACAGACAAUCAGUUGAUAGAAGCUGGGCGUAGACUCAAUGACCAAAUGACGAAGAAGAAUCACAAACAGAGGACUUCUUCUUCAUCAUCUGGCCGUGGACUACCUGCAGAAGAAUCAGCUACACCGUCAACAUCUAGUACAAUAACUGCACCCCCAACCACCACUACUGUUGUGUACAAUUUCAAUGAUGAAGAAUUCCCAUUCAGGAAAAGAAUAGCCGGACAUCCAAUCACAUUAAAACAGUUUAUUGAAUGUAUGCCAAAGAAAGGACAUUACAGGUAUUUUUUUACUACUGAAUUUGAUGAAUCUCCAUCAACCGGCAUCCAAGAAGAAAUCACUGACGAUAAUCAGAUGUUGCCACUAUGGAAGGGCAAAGUUAUGGCUAGCCUAAGACUUAUCGACUGAUUGAAAAAUAUUUAAUUAAUUUAUUAUAUUUUUUAUUAAGUGCCUAGUUUAAGGAACAGAUGACUUGUAUAAUAAAUUUUUAACUGUAAAUUGUUUUUAAAAUACCUUAAGACUGGAUUUUAGUCCAAAGGUAACAAACAAAAAACAACAAAUAAUUGUAAUGUGUAAUGUAAAUCAGUGCCUUAGUUAUAAACCAAACACUAAUCGAUUCCCAAUGACUAGUGUGAAAGAACAAUAAAAGUGUGAAAUUGGUAAAAGAAAAAAAAAGACUUAUAUGUUUUGUAAGAAAAACAAAUUUUAUUGUGUUUUUUGUUAUUGCAAAAAAAGAAGAAUUGUAUAAAUUUUUUAUAAAAUGAUGUUUUAUUUUUAUAUGUCCUAAUUAUCCUUUUACAAUGUAAAAACUUGAAAUUUUUGAUUUUUGUUAUUAGUUGUGGAAAUAUUAAAUGUAAUAUGUCUAUUUGUGAACUACAAUAAAGCAGUACAGUGAUGUAUUCA